GUGCGCCAGCUGCUCGCUCCUCGAGGGUUCCAGACAGUUGGGAGUUGGACCGACUCCAGCUUCCGCUCCGGGAGGCCCUGCUGAGCGGCCUGCCUUCCCGGGGCCAUGAAGAAGGCCUCUGUCAAAAGCAGAAAAGAAAAACAAAUCAGUCUCAAAAUCAAGACAUCUGAACACAAGUUGAGCAAAACUAAGGAGACCAAACUCACUGUGAGCAGCCUCGGUUUAGGCCUGAUCGUCAUCCAGCAUGGGCCCUUCCUCCAAAUCAUCCAUCUCAUCAAGAAGGGGGCUGCAGCCAGGGAUGGAAAACUCCAGCCAGGUGAUGUUCUGAUUAGUGUUGGCCAUGCCAAUGUAUUAGGAUACACUCUUCGAGAAUUUUUACAGCUUUUGCAACAUACCACCAUAGGAACAGUGCUAGAAAUCAAGGUUUACCGAGAUUUUAUUGACAUACCCCAAGAAUGGGAAGAAAUACAUGAUUUAAUCCCUGAGACCAAAUUCCCAGUAACAUGCACAACAAAGGAAACUGAGAAGGCAAAAGAGGACUCUUUCAAAAGCAGUGAUGACAAUGAAGAUGUAGUUUUAGAUAAAAAAUUUAAGUAUUAUAAAGGUCCCCGGUCCACUGGACAUCACACUGCAAAGACACCAAUGUCUAUCUCCAGAGAAUGGCAUGGAUAUAAAAAGAAGAACCGUACUAUUAGUGUAGGAAAGGACAUUAACUGUGACGUGAUGAUUCACAGAGAUCACAAGAAGGAAGUGAGAGCCCCUUCUCCAUACUGGACAAUGGUGAAGCAAGACAAUGAAAGCUCCUCCUCCUCCUCCUCUGCCUCAGAUGCAUUUUGGCUGGAAGACUAUGCCCAGGUUGAAAAGAGCAAGGGUCCACCUGUGCAAAAGUUGGUUAGGCAGUAGUUUGCAAAUCUGUGCUCAGAGGUGCAUUUCUCUUGAAAAUACUCAAUUUUCGUGCAUUGCCACGUACAGGUCAGCUAUACUUACAGGAGUAUGCGCAAACUUACCAACUCCCUUUCAUGACUGUGUUGUAAAGCUGUUGGAGACCUCCUUCAGCCUGAUAUCCAAAGACUUCCCUGGGGCCUCAAAGGCUUCACAAACUUUGCUAUUUUCAAAAUAGCAACAUCAUUCAGAUCAUUAAGACCCUCCUUUUGAGAAGAAUGUCUCAUCUUUUAGAAAAUGCAGCAGAGGAACCCAAUAUCAGAAUGUGUGAACAUAGUAGAGAAUUUCACUUUUUAAGGUAAGUACCACAUUUUUAUUUAGAUAUUUAGUUUCUCUUGUUUUGCAAACUUCAAGUGCCAUACUUAAAAGAAAUAAUAGAGAUAUAUUUUUUUGGCUAGUUGUUCACAUUAGGAUUUUUUUUCACUUUUCAGCCCU